AUGCUUAAUCCGGUCCUUCAGAACAGGAUAGGAACAUGCUGGGUCCUCUUGAUUGCAGGCGUAUUCUAUGCUGGCGGGUCUCUAUUGAUUGCCUUUGCUCCCCCAUUCCCGUUGGUAAUGGCUGGGCUGGCAUUCAUUGGUAUCGGAGGAGGCUUUUGUGAUGCCUGUCUGGCUAGUGUCGUCGCGCAUUUCGAAGAUAAGCGUUCCAUGAAUACCCUUUACGCAUUUUUUGGGGUCGGAGCUGCCGGUAUCCCAUGGAAUCAUUAUUACUGGUUCCCGUUCAGUCUUGAAGUUGUCAUGAUUGGCUUCCACUUCAUGGUCUUCAAGAACUACGAACUACCGUCCGAAGAAGUCCAUCAGCGCUCCACCAUGCGUGCGAGACUCCACCAAAUUUCAAGAAAGAGGAUAUUCUGGGUUGGAAUUGCUUUGGUUAAUCUAGGAUUUGCGAUUGUUGAUACUCUCAGCAACUGGUUGACUUCUUAUCUCAUCGAAGUUAAGGGCUCUGAACCAGAUGCCUCACGGUACCAGUUAUCAAUGCUCUGGGCGGCUUCAGGGCUGACGGCAGGCCGCCUCUUCUUCUCUCUCCCGUACGUCCAUGUCCGUGAAAGGAUUGGAAACACGGUGUUGCUUGUAUUGCUCUGUGGAGCCAUUUCCGUUCUAUGGGUGGUAAAUACGAUGGCGUUGGACUGGGUCGUGAUUGCCCUUGCCGGGUUCUUCAUCGGCCCGAACACCCCUACAAUUCUCUCCAUUGUGGCUGUCCGCGUUCCUCCGAGUCUUAAAAAUGCGGCCGUCUCAAUUACCAUCGGAAGCGGUGUCAUUGGAGCUACACUUGGUCCACUGAUUUUUGGCGUGGCUGCCGGAAAAAUUGUCCCGGGAUUGCAGGUCCUUCCGCCCGUCAUAGUCGUUCUGGCGUGCCUGUCGGCUCUUGUCUUCUGGGCAAUCCCACCCCGGGAGAAGCGCGACUAA